GUGGGACGUCCACCACCCCCUACACGAAGGAGGAGGAGGAGAAGAUGGCCGCCCUUCUACAGGAGAAGAAGGAGAAGAAGGAGGCCAAGAAGAGGGCCUUGAAGGAGGAGCAGGCGGCCAAAAUGAAGAAGAUGGAAGAAGAAAUGGCCAGGGAGAAAGAAAGGUUGAAAAAGGAAGAAGAAGAGAAGCUGAAGGAGGUGGAUGAAGAAGAGGAAGGACCGCCACUGCAAAGGAGUAGUGGGCAGCCCAGUAGUAAUACCGGUGGAAACCUGCAGAAAAGGAUCUCUGAAUGGGUUGCCAACCUGACUGUAGGAGAAGAGGAAGAGGUUAGUAUGUACAUCCCGCAGGAUCAGCAAGAAGCCGCCAUGAAGGCUUGGGAGGCAGAGAAAGACCCUCUGAAACGUCAAGCGUUGGAAGACGAGAAGAAGAUGGAAUGGAAAUUAGCAGUGAUGAGGGAGAAGAAGAGGAGAAUUGACAAGGCAGCGGAGGCGGCAGAGGCCUUAGAAGAGGUUAAGAACAUAGAGACGCAAUUAGCUGCCCAGCCCGAUCUCCCGAAUCAGAUGCGAGUCAUAGCGCGGAGCGUCGCAUGCCUGGCACGGGUUCAGGCAGACCAAUAUGACUUUAGCAGAAGUCAGGACAUAGCUGUGCGCUCGAUACGAUUGGGCUUUCGAGACAUUGCUCGUGAGUUGGUAGGCGCCGUUGGAGUCGAGGUGGGUCACCGCCUCGACAAGACUGAGCGUUUCUGCGCCGGCGCCAUUGAAGGCAUCAAGGCGGCAGCUCCCAAGGAGGAGGAAGCACGUCCUCCUCGCCGGGAGCCUGUCAAAGUCAAGUUCCCCGAUUCCUACAGCGAGAGGAGGGAAGAAAACUUUGAUAAUUGGGAGGCCAACGUUAAGACCUAUGUGCACUUGCAACAGGUCUCCCUAGAUCAGCAAGUCUUAAUUGCUAUCCACGCACUGAGAGAUGAGGCCGCCAGUUUUGCAAGGUCCCUAGUUCGCGCUGCCAACUGUAGUGAUGAUCCCGUUGCGUACUCCUCAUUUACGUCCCUCACCGAAUUUCUGAAGUUGCUGCGUGAACGAUUUGCUGAUGUCGCUCGCGGUGUCAAGGCCUCAGACAAGCUCCAAACCAUCCAUUCUCGUAAAUGGAAGAGUGCCAGGGCACUCAAGGGUACAAUGGAUGAGUUGGUGGCCGUCCCUAACCAUGGGGUCACAGAGGGCCAGGUGGUCAACCUCUUUUACCGGGCUAUGCCCGAAGCCUUUCGAGGGCAGUUCUUCGCGAAGAGCGAAGACCCUGCCACCACUUACGAUUCCCUUAGUCGUGAGGUGGUGGCUUUUGAAGCAAAGUCAGUGUCCCUGUCUACCUUCUGGCACAAAGACUUGGACAGGGGUAAGCAAURGAAAGGCCGCACUAUCUCAGGGCAGGUAAAAACCAAGGAUAGCCUUGUCCUGACCUUAGAUGAGGGUAGUGUGGAUGAGAUUCCCUACGACCAGAUUGAGUGGGGAUUAGAGGAGGCGGACAGCGGCGUAGGCCAAGGGAGAUCUUACGCUGCUGUCGCGGCUGGAGGGAGGCCGCAAGGAGGAAGAGGCCAGGGCCAAGGGGGCCGGGCCUCAGGGAGUCGAUUUCAGGGCGAUCAGGGGGUUGGCGGCAGAGGAGGAAACCGCCAAGCGGGAGGCAGGGGUCAAGUCAUAAUACAUUCACGUCAUCACGAUGAUGAUGAUGAUGAUGAUGAUGAUGAUGAUGAUGACGAUGAGGGGAAGGAGGAGGAGGAGGAGGAGGAGGAGGAGGAGAUUCGAUUUACGUCGGCCAGCAACGUGCACCAUACGAAGCACGUACUUCAGCCGUGGUCGCUGCAGUGACUGGCUUUAAACUUUAAAAGAGAGAAGAAUAAAAGAAAGGAAAAAAC